UUUCACGUCCGCAUAUUUCAUGAUUUGAAAAUAGACAGAAUUCAUAGAGAUGUUAAGAAUUCCAACCAGAAAGCAAACUGCCUCAUGGUAAACGGCUCUAGAGUAAAACGCGUUCGCAGACUUAUCUGGUAAAUUGCCCGUAAAAUAAAAAUAAAAAGCGAAAAAAAACUAACAAACAAGCAAUAAAACAAAACAAAAGAGAAUAAUGAAAACAGUUCCUUCAAGGGUAAAAAAUCAGAUCCAUGAGACGAGAUGAAAGCAGAAAAGAACAUUUUCAAAAAUCGAUGAACAUCAUGGGUGAAAGUCUCACUUAAAGCGAAACUGACGGAAGGAUACUAACAUACUCUACCCACGGCCACUGUUUUAACUUGAAAUCUCGUUGGCUUGAAGGCUUGUUGUUGAUACAAUAUAGCUCGAAGUAUGCUUUUGAAUUUUGACAAGUUCAUCAAAAAUAUAUCUCAUGUGAGUGAGCUAAACUGCCAAUAAUAUAUUAAAAACUCUGAAAUUCUGAAAUUCUAACAAAUUAUCAGAGCUCCSGACAAGCACAUUUGAAACUGCAGUAUGCCAAUACGACAUCAUUAAAUGACAUUUUUGUUUUCAGAAAAUCUAUGCGAAGAAAAAAAUGUUCUUAACUCUGGUUGGAAUUCUGCUCCUAACAGGGAAAUUACAACCUUCAGACGCCAGAAAUACCACAGCAGACGCCAUUGUUAACGGAUCUAGUAUUUGCGGACAAGGAUAUGUCUAUGUCUCAAAAAGAAUUCAAAAUUCCACUAUGAUUACAAGACAAACUGUGUGGUUUGAAGCUGRCUAUUAUUCAUCCAUUGCUAGAAUCGCAAAAGUUGCAUGCAAAAUGGCGGGCUACAAAGGACCUUCCUCUCCUUCAAUGGCUGGUUACUACGUGCUGAAUGGUUGGAGAUGGAUGAAUCGCAAUGAUCAAAGUAAUCUAAGGAUUUGGUCUUGUACAGGAAACGAAGCUUCAUUGCUACAAUGUGAUAACCCAGUAUAUCCACGUUAUCCAUUGCUGGUGAAUUGUUUACCUCCGAGUAAGUUUGAGUGUUGUAAAUGCCUUAUCACGAGGACAGGAAGAAGGGGUGUAUAAUGGUGCACGGUAGUUGUUGGGAGUGGGGAGGCYUGGGUCAAUUCUUUAACCUAAACGUAGGCUUGGAAUUCAAGCUUUUUUUAUAUUUUGCCAUAUAUAUCUUCUUUUCAUAUUCGAAAGCAAAAUCUGACAUUUUUUAUAAGUGGAACAUUUUAAGAAAUAUCAUGGAAAUAGCACUUCACAACGAUGUAGUUUUAAACAUUUACACUUAAGAAUCAAAGAAAUAUUUAAAUGAGGGUCUUGAUAAUGUUAACAGUCAACCGUCAAAUCGCUUUUUUUAACCGUCAAUUGUCAAAAAAGGAACCAUCAAACCGACCACAUGAAAAUAUAUUUUCAUCUGAUAUGAGCAUUAUUCUGUAUAAUCUUCACCCACCUAGCUUUAGCUGUGCAACUAAUGCUUUCAGGCUUUUAUUAUUAAUAUGUAUAACUAAUAUUAAUUGCUUGUUGUUAGAUA